CUCGAGACCAACAUGCGAACAUUGGCAGCUUCCACAGUCACUUUCGACAACGAUGAAAACUGUUUGGGUACUGCUGCUCGCUAUGGUGACCAUGGUGACGGGGUCGCCACCACCUCCGCCUACCAGCAGCCAACUACGACCCCCUUCAGCACCCCCACUUACGCCUCGCACCCCUGCUACUACUGCAUUUCCCCCAACGCCAAAUACCCCUCCCACAAAUCUUCCAUCGACCCCUGUUAGCACGAUGAGUUCUCCACCAACUCCUUUGCGUCGAGAGUACCCUACAAUUCCUCGACCUGCCAUCGGUUUCCCAAAUCCAAGCUGGGAGACGCAUCCCUGCGCGCAAACCCACUGUGCUACCGAUUACAAUCGAUGCGUUAAACUGUUUUAUGGCGACGGGUGCUCGUGCUAUCCCGGGCUUUUGGGCUGUGCCAUCAACGCUUGCACUACCAACAACGACGAGUACGCCUCCGUGUUGGACAUGUGCUACGAUUCGCUGCAAGUCGAUGGCCGAUGUGCUCUGCAAUGUUAUCCGGGCUACUUUCCGGUUGACAUUGCCGCUGUCCUCCCCAGCGAGACCAAUGCGACGAGUCCUUCGUCUUCUAACCACUCCUUUGUGGACAAUGGCGACGACGAAACGAUUCGCGAACCGGUGUCGGUCACAUGGACAGUUCUCGCCACGUGGUCGUUGACUAACACGACAGCGAUCGACCUGAAGAACUCGUCAAGUGCCUUUGUCGACACACUGGUUGAGUUUUUACAAACGAGCUACACGUCCACGUUGAGUGCGGCUAACGUCACGCUGCACCUCGUGUCCAAGUCACCAACAUUGCAAGAAGUGAGUGCGGUGGUACAUGUCGAGUCGCUAGCAGCGCUCAACGCCACAGAUCGAGCGUUGGAAUCGCUGCUAUUGGAUACUAUCAACAGCAGCGACGACCGUGGCGAUGGAAAUGAUUUCGGCGGAAAACUUGUGGAAGCGGACGUCAUUCGACACACUACCGAGUUCAACACGCAUAGCGUUAAGAUUCAAGUCAUUGCCACAGGGACAAACGGAAACUGGAGCAACAACAUCAACGCAACGACACCUCCGGCGCUCCACAAGCCGACAAACAACAACGCCAACGACCAAACUAUCUUGGGGCUAACGCCAGGAAUAUUGUUGGUCCUGGCGGCAGCUGGGACGGCGCUUCUGGCGCUCAUCAUUGUCUGUCUGUGCAUGCGAUGCCGCAAAAAAUCAUCCGCGGGUCAAGACGAGGCGUCGGCAGCCACUGUUUCGGCCGGUCACUCUUCGUAGUGUAUCUUGCGUUGAAAGGUCGCGACAUGCCUCUGCUUUUAAACGAAUAGCGCCCAAAAAAUAUCACAAAUUACAAUAAAGACGUGUCUUUAACCUUAAAUACCA